AUGUCAAGUUUGAGCUAUUACUUCUCUGUAAUUGCCAAAGCAGUAUUGAACUUCAAAUCAAUUACAAAAAUCAAGCUGAUAGGAGAUAUUUAUAUGGCAGCUGGUGGCUUAUUUGAUCAGUCUGCAAAUCAUGCCGAAGAAGUUAUUUUAUUUGCUAUACAAGUUUUGAGCUUAUUAGAUGAGAUAAAUAUCAGACUUAGCUCCAAUUUACAAGUAAGAAUUGGCAUUAAUACUGGCGGUCCAAUCAUUGCAGGCGUUCUGGGAACAGAAAAACCUUUGUUUGAUAUUAUUGGUGAUACAAUAAAUGUAGCAGCAAGAUUACAAUCAACAAGUGAUGUAAAUCACAUUCAUAUUUCAAAAGAUACAUUAGAUGCAAUCGCAGGAAGUAAUUUCAAGACUGUAAAUAGAGGCGAAACAUUUCUUAAAGGAAAAGGCAAGCAAAUGACUUAUUACAUUGUUACAGAUCACGAAUAA